CUGGUCAGCACACACAAAGCCAUAUAUUAUGCCAUCUUUAUUAAAGAGCUGCAACGCCUCCUACAGUAUUUACAAUCCAGGUGAGGCUGUCCCAGUUUCGGUCCACCUCAAGGCGGUGACCUGGAUGCUUCAUGGGUCGGAUCUUCAGUGGUCUUCCAGGUCCCAGUUCUCACCUGCGGAUUCAGGGUCAGGAGUUAAGCUGGUUGGGCGGGGAAACGCAGACGUUGGGCCUGGGAAGGAAGCGCACGGCGCGGUUUGACUCCGAAGGCGAUCCGUACCGUCCUGGAGUCAGCGGCGGAAACAUGGCGGCGGUGUCGGUACUAGAGAAAGUUUCAGCCGAGGCCUGGCUGUGCUAGUGCGUGCGGUCUCAGGCUCUCGUUCUCCCAGGCUUGGCACUUCCCGGUUCCAAGUCGCAGACUCAGCCCGGAAAGCCCCUUCGGCCUUUUGCUUCGCGGGCCUCCGAGCGCAGUAGCGAGCGGCGGCGGCGGCGGCGGCCGAGCCAGAUGGAGGUGGCUUGUGCUGUUGGAAACUCAGAUCACUAUAAAGAAAACUUCUGAGAAAAUGUUGGAGUAGAGGUUACCUAUACAUUGGAUUUGUUGAAUGAAAUACAAGAAGUUCCUUUUUGUGCCGUGGGGGAGAAGCCUACAUUGCCAGAUUACAUGUGUAAAUCACUGCGCUACUGCUUCAGUCAUUGUCUCUACCUAGCAAUGACCAGACUGGAAGAAGUGAAUAGGGAAGUGAACAUGCAUUCCUCCGUGCGCUAUCUUGGCUAUUUAGCCAGAAUCAACUUACUGGUGGCUAUAUGCUUAGGACUUUAUGUAAGAUGGGAAAAAACAGCCAAUUCCUUAAUUUUGGUAAUUUUUAUCCUUGGUCUUUUUGUUCUUGGGAUUGCCAGCAUACUCUACUAUUAUUUUUCAAUGGAGGCAGCAAGUUUAAGUCUCUCCAAUCUUUGGUUUGGAUUUUUGCUUGGCCUUCUAUGUUUUCUUGAUAAUUCAUUCUUUAAAAAUGAUGUAAAAGAAGAAUCAACCAAAUAUCUACUUUUAACUUCCAUAGUAUUAAGGAUAUUGUGUGCUUUGGUGGAGAGAAUUUCUGGUUAUGUCCGGCAUCGACCCACUUUACUAACCACGGUAGAAUUUCUGGAACUUGUUGGAUUUGCCAUAGCCAGCACAACUAUGUUGGUGGAGAAGUCUCUGAGUGUUAUUUUACUUGUUGUGGCCUUGGCCAUGCUCAUUAUAGACCUGAGAAUGAAGUCCUUCCUAGCUAUUCCAAACUUAAUAAUUUUUGUAGUAUUGUUGUUUUUUUCUUCAUUGGAAAUGCCCCAAAAUCCAAUUGCUUUUGCAUGUUUUUUUAUUUGCCUGAUAACUGAUCCUUUCCUUGACAUUUACUUUAGUGGACUUUCAGUAACAGAAAGGUGGAAACCUUUUUUGUACCGUGGAAGAAUUUGCAGAAGACUUUCAGUUGUUUGUACUGGAAUGAUUGAGCUUACGUUUUUUAUUCUUUCAGCAUUUAAACUUAGAGACACUCAUCUCUGGUAUUUUGUAAUACCAGGCUUUUCCAUUUUUGGAAUUUUUUGGAUGAUCUGUCAUAUCAUUUUUCUUUUAACUCUUUGGGGAUUCCAUACCAAAUUAAAUGACUGCCAUAAAGUAUAUUUCACCCACAGGGCAGAUAACAAUAGUAUUGAUAGAAUCAUGGCAUCCAAAGGGAUGCGUCAUUUUUGCUUAAUUUCAGAGCAGUUAGUUUUUUUUAGUCUUCUUGCAACAGCAAUUUUGGGAGCAGUUUCCUGGCAGCCAACAAACGGAAUCUUCUUGAGCAUGUUUCUGAUCAUUUUGCCAUUGGAGUCCAUGGCUCAUGGGCUCUUCCGUGAGCUGGGGAACUGCUUAGGAGGCACUUCUGUCGGAUAUGCUAUUGUAAUACCCACCAACUUUUGCAGUCCUGAUGGUCAACCAACACUGCUUCCACCAGAACAUGUACAGGAGUUAAAUUUGAGGUCUACAGGCAUGCUCAAUGCUAUCCAAAGAUUUUUUGCAUAUCAUAUGAUUGAGACCUAUGGAUGUGACUAUUCCACAAGUGGACUAUCUUUUGAUGCUCUACAUUCCAAACUGAAAACUUUCCUAGAACUUCGGACUGUCGAUGGACCAAGACAUGAUACAUAUGUUUUGUAUUACAGUGGACACACUCAUGGCUCGGGAGAGUGGGCGCUAGCAGGUGGAGACAUACUACGCCUUGAUACGCUUUUAGAAUGGUGGAGAGAAAAGAAUGGUUCCUUCUGUUCCCGGCUUAUUAUCGUAUUAGACAGUGAGAAUUCAACCCCUUGGGUGAAGGAAGUGAGAAAGAUUAAUGACCAGUAUAUUGCAGUUCAGGGAGCAGAGCUGGCAAAGACAGUAGAUAUUGAGGAAGCUGACCCACCUCAGCUGGGUGACUUCACAAGAGACUGGGUAGAGUACAACUGCAACUCCAGUCACAGCAUCUGCUGGACCGAAAAGGGACGCACGGUGAAAGCCGUGUAUGGCGUGUCAAAACGGUGGAGUGACUACACUCUACACUUGCCAACAGGAAGUGAUGUGGCCAAGCACUGGAUGUUACACUUUCCUCGUGUUACAUACCCACUAGUGCAUUUGGCAAACUGGUUAUGUGGUCUGAACCUUUUUUGGAUCUGCAAAACUUGUUUUCGGUGCUUGAAGAGAUUAAAAAUGAGUUGGUUUCUUCCUACUGUGCUGGACACAGGACAAGGCUUUAAACUUGUCAAAUCAUAAUUUGGACAACCAGGAAGGGAUGUUAUUGAAAGUUCAUGUUCCCGUUUAUCACUAACUUGCUGUUUUUUUGUAUGCUGUAUUUUUAUUUGUGGAAACUAUCUUGCUGCUUUUGUAGCUGCCCUUGCUUUGUCUUUUCUUAAGUAAUUAUGGGAUGCGUAAGGUAUUGGGAAUAAGCAUGGUUUUGUACUAAAAGUGUGGAGAGAGUCACAAAUGCUGAUUGUGAAUCUAUAAGAGAUGUUAAAAUAGCAGCAUACUUUCAGCAAUGUUUCCAUUUGUCUCUGGUUAAAAAAAACAAUUGUCUAUGCUCUGCAAUGGCCAAUAAAGAUUUACUAACGCCUGAUUUUCUAGGCAGACCUUAGAGAAUGUAGACCAGACAAAUUUGUUUACUAUUUUAAGAAAACUACCAAUUUACUUAAUGGAAGAUUCUUUUAUGUGAAUGAUAGGUUCAACUGCAAGAGUAUUUGCAGAAGUAUAAACUCUUGGGGAUGGAAGAGGCUUACAAUGAAAGCAAAGUUUCCUUUACCCCAAAACAUCCAAGUGUCUUGGUGUGACCUGUUACCAGUAUAGCAGAAAAGCCCAAAGUGCAUUUGAGAUGGAAACGUAGUUACGUAGAUAACUAUACGCAGGUGUAGCCUACCCAUCUUUCCCUCAUACAUUGGCAUUUGUGAGCGAUUCUGAAAGAACUGGUAAUUUUGAGAGUCUUUCUCAGGGUAACUUAACGUUUUCUUAAUGAGUAUUUCUAGCUGCAGAUGCUUUCAAAUACAUUGCCUUUCUUUUCUAAAAGCCCUCAGAAAAGACAUUUAAGCAGUUUCUCAUUGACCAGUUCAGUCUAAGGAUUGAGAAAAGAUUUAGUCUCUGUGGAGUUAAUACUGUGCCAUGAAAAUUAUUUUUUAAGUCCCCAUUUGUAGCAUUUUUCCUACUGAAGGUCAGAGGCUAAGAAACAGAUCAUUUUUCUUGUGCACUUGUAUUAUGGGUUCAUGUUGGCAGUUUCAGGUUAGCAUGAUGAUGUGGCUGCAGUUUUCAAACCUUAAUUCAGUACUUGUCAGAGUAAAGCAGGCACUGAUCAGGGUAUCUCUUAAGAGGUAAUUCACUUCUCAUCCAAUAAUCCUUACAUUCUAAAUCUUCAUCUUGGAAAGAGGAGAUACAAUUAAAUUGGGAGAUUAAUCUAAUUUUUGUUCAAGUGAUGUGACUUUUCACCAUUGAGACCAUUUUUCCAGCCCCAGAGAGAAGAGGUAAUGAAUACCUCUGCCAUUUUCUGCUGUUGACUUGAAAAUGGAGGUUUCAUUUAGGAAGAAGUCACAGCAUCAGGGAACUUGUGUACCACUAUCUAUGCAGCAUUGUUACAGCCUGACAAUUUCUAUGUUUUGAAUAUGGUUUUCCUAAUGCUUUGAAUAAAAUUUUAUUAAAAAUAAA